UGGCGGGCUCAAGCCGAGGAGCGCCGAGUGCGGCCGAGCGGAGACGAAUCUCAGCCGAACCGAGCCCGAACCAAGUCGAACAGUUACGAGCGGAGCCGAGUGGAGCCGAACUUGAGCCGAGUGGAGCCGAACGUGAGCCGAGCGGAGCCGAACGUGAGCCGAGCGCAGCCGAACCCGUCCGAGCGCAGCCGAAAUGCAGCGGGUGGCGGCGCGGGCGCUUCGUGGGUCGCCGUUUCGCCCCAUACGGGCACGCUCGGCUCCGGCGCGGGUUCCCCCGCGAGGACUGCUGUAUGAGCGGCACGGGGAGCCCCGCGGCGUCCUGCAACUAAAGGACCUCGAGAUGGCCAGGCUGGGGGACUCUGAUGUCCAUGUCAAGAUGUUGGCAGCCCCCAUCAAUCCUGCUGACAUCAAUAUGAUCCAAGGGACGUACGCCAUCCUCUCCCCACUGCCAACCGUGGGAGGGAAUGAAGGUGUUGGGGAAGUGCUGGAGGUCGGGCAGCGCGUAACGGCUCUGAAACCCGGGGACUGUGUCAUCCCAGCGGUCACUGGACUUGGCACUUGGCGGACACAGGGGGUGUUCCCAGAGGAAGCACUGCUGAAGGUGCCCAGUGACAUUCCAGUGCUGUGUGCUGCCACCCUGAGCGUCAACCCGUGCACGGCGUACCGCAUGCUGGCUGACUUUGAGACUCUGGUGCCAGGUGACUCCGUCAUCCAGAAUGCUGCCAACAGUGGUGUGGGCCAGGCUGUUAUCCAGAUCGCCAAAGCCUCUGGCAUUAAGACCAUCAAUGUGGUGAGGGACAGACCCGAUCUCCCAAAGCUGGUAGAGAGGCUGCUGGCGCUGGGCGCAGAUUACGUCAUCACAGAGGAGAUGCUGAGAAAACCAGAGAUGAAAGAUAUAUUUAAGAACAUCCCGAAGCCCCGUCUCGCCCUGAACUGCGUCGGAGGCAAGAGCACUACAGAGAUGCUGCGGCACCUGCAGCCUAAAGGGACCAUGGUCACCUACGGGGGGAUGGCAAAGCAGCCUGUGAUGGUGCCUGUGAGUGCCUUCAUCUUCCGAGAUGUGCGACUCCGUGGCUUCUGGAUGACCCAGUGGAGGAAAGAGCAUGCACAGGACCGGGAGAGCCUGACCAGCAUGAUGGACACCUUGUGCCAGCUCAUCCGGAGGGGGCAGCUCACUGCACCAGCCUGCACUGAGGUCCCGCUCCAGGACUACAAGGCAGCACUGGAAGCUGCCACGAAGCCCUUCACGUCCUCAAAGCAGAUCCUGCUCCUCUGAACAGCAGCUCCUGGGCACUGGCAGCCAGAGAUUGGUCCUGCCUCACCACAGCCAAGUGUUCCCUGGCUGCCUUGUCCUCAGCCAAGAGGUGCUGAGGGGGAAAAACCCUCCAGAAUCAAGGGGUUUUGAACUUCUAGGUGCCCACUUGAAGAUUUAAAAGCCUUGGCAGCUUUGCAUGGAUGUGCAGACUUGCUUCUGGAGGGGGGCUGCAAUCUGGCUUCAGCUGGGGGAGUUUGCUGCAAGAGAAAACUCAGGGAGCCUGGGGCUGGUGGCUUGCUCAGCUCGGGGGUGGCAAGGGAGCAGCAGUUUUCCUCACACAGGUUUUUGGGGCUACACUGCUGCCUCCUGCCUGGCUUGGGAGCUGGCAAUGUUGUCCUGUGACUUUUUGGCUGCUUUUGGGUGCCUUUGCAGGGAAGCACAGGCGGGUUGCUGCCCAGCUCCCAGCCAGCACAGCCCUGCUGCAGUGCUGCAGCCUCAGAACCCACCUCAAUGUCCCCCACUUUCGUUCUGCAGCUGAGAGCUCCCAGCCUGGGACCACUCCCCACAGUGAUGCACUGAGAAAAAACAAUUUGCUUUUUAUUAUUUCUA